CAGCAUGACGUAUAAAGAAAAGAAACACAGUCGGUAAAUUAAGGAAACACUUUUUUCAAGGAUGACCUAGCGGCAACAAGUCAUCAAUUCAACAUUAAGCAGUUUCUGACGGUCCAUUAAGAUCCUCGUUUGAAGGCCUUUACAGGAAACGGGAGGCCCUUAGGAGGAUGUUUAAGGAGUCAUAUUGACCAUCACACCAUAGCAACUGAAAACAAGGAUUAACAUCAUAGGAUGCGCUUUCAUUACAAUAGACACAAAUCUCUCUUCAGCGAUGACAAUAGUAGAGGUUUAACUAUAAUACCUGUCGCGGCUUACACUAUGCAAUUACUCUACUCACUGAUAAUUGCUUUCGUUCUCUCUGGUCAAGUUGGAGCAGAAAACGACGUCUGUGACACUCAAAUAUGUGAGUGUAAGAAAACAAAAGAGAGAUCGGAAACUAAAAAUUUAUUAUCAUGCACGAAAAUGAACACAUUGUCGUACCUUCCACUAUUAUCCAGUGAGAAGAAAAUGGAAAGCAUUACUGACAUAGAUAUACAGAACCAAGAAGCGUUUACCCAUUUAGGUGCCGAUUAUUUGAAGUACUAUGUCAACCUCAAAAGACUUACAAUCAUUAAAAGUGGACUUAUCUACGUAAUGCAGGAUGUCUUCAAACGCAACUUACGUUUGGAGUAUAUAAACUUGAGAUUUAAUCAGAUUAGCUUAUUUAGUUGGAAAACCGUGGAAGAUUUGAGACUAAAAAUGAUGCAGAGACAUCAGGAGAAAUGGCUCCGUGUAGAUCUGGAUGGGAACCCUCUUGUAUGCAAUUGUAGCAUAAAGUGGUACCAAAGAGAAGAUCAAGGACUGUCCCUCUCAGAAGAUGCAAGGUGUUUUGCAACAAAAAACAUGACUAUCAACAAUGUCCGCGUCACCGAUGUGGCAAUCGACAAUUGUGAUGUCCCCGCUAUUGCUGUAAAGCCGCCGAAACUUUCUGUGAACGAAAGUGCGGACGUCGAGUUUGUUUGUACGUCCGAUUCAACGCCAAAGGGCCGUAUUAGAUGGAAAACAAACCGAAUCGCAUCAGAAUUCCUUGUGAUCGCGAACGACACAAAAACAACACUCCGACUAUAUAACGUGACAACAUUAGACAACCGUUAUAUAAAGUGUAUGGCAGAAAAUGAAGCUGGGACCAACGAGGGAUCUGUUAGGCUUAUUGUAAAAUCCCCGCCAAGUAUAGCUUAUCUGAAGCAUGACAAAAACGGUAUUUUUACCCAGAAUUGUAUACUGUUUCAAAUCAUCGGCACUCCUCGGCCCAAGCUCACUUUUCUCCACAAUGGUGAAGUAUUAAUCAGAAAUGACACUGUUGUAACAACUAGGAAUUACUCGAUUAAAUCUAUUGAUUCUAAAAUUAACAACCUCACUGCUUGUCUAGAAAUUGAUAUGCCCUCCCAUAGACACAAUGGGCAAUAUACCCUGAUCGCCAGAAACGACUACGGAAUGGAUCGCAUGUCGACGAGUGUCAAACUGAUUGAUAUGCAAAUUUUUGAUCCGAAUCGGCGACCUCGUCUGCCUUGCAAUGCUCCCGGGUGUGAUAUAGCGUUUAGAGCCAGAGCAAUUAAUACUCCCACCCGUAUGUCUAUAACUGAUAUACCGGUGCCAGUAAGCAAUCCAUCGAGUCAACUGCAAAGUCCAAAGGAUGAAAUCGUACAAAUAGCCAUCCCAGUUGCCCUGUGCGUUCUAGUUCUAUUUUGUAUUGUCGCAGCCAUUAUUGUCUUCCGUCAUUUACGGCGUAAAAAGAACGGCAACAAUAGGGCUAGAAGAGGCGACUUCUUUACAUCCACCGACUCAAGGCGCCCAUUGACAUCAGGGGGACAUGUGGCGGGUCACGGGGACGUAAUAUCUCAAGAAGAUAUGCCUCUCAAUUCUGUCCACGUGGUAGAAAAUCCAAACUACCUUAGAAAGGAUAAACCGAAGAACAGCGCAGUUAUCCAUCAAAUCAAGCGCGCACAAAUAGAGUUCAUACGUGAACUAGGCGAGGGUGCAUUCGGUAGGGUUUACCUUGGGAAGUGCAUGCAUUUGCAAACAGGAGACACCACAACGAUGGUCGCUGUGAAAACUCUGAAAAACAGCUGUGACGUUGAAGAUGUACGGACCGAUUUUGACCGUGAAGCAGAACUUUUGACUAAUCUCCAACACGAUCAUAUUGUGGCGUUUUAUGGAGUGUGUACCGAGUCUGAUCCACUUAUGAUGGUCUUCGAAUACAUGGAAAACGGAGAUCUAAAUAACUACCUUCGAUCACGUGGCCCCGACGCUAUAUUUUUAUGUAAGAAUUUGCCAAGUAACUUACCGAGUAAACAGCUGACAAUCCCAGAAUUGUUGCACAUUGCUAAUCAAAUUGCCUCCGGAAUGGAAUAUCUUGGUUCCCAACACUUCGUUCAUCGAGAUCUGGCUACCCGGAACUGUUUGGUAGGAGACCGCCUCGUUGUUAAAAUUGGAGACUUCGGGAUGUCAAGAGAUGUUUACAGUACCGAUUAUUAUAGGGUUGGUGGGCAUACAAUGUUGCCUGUGAGAUGGAUGCCUCCGGAGAGUGUUCUCUACCGAAAGUUUACAGUUGAAUCAGAUGUUUGGAGCUAUGGGGUUGUAUUAUGGGAGAUUUUUACUCUUGGGAAGCAGCCUUGGUAUGAACUAUCGAAUCACGAAGUGAUUCAACAUAUUCAGAAUAAACUGCUCGAAUGCCCUAGAUUGUGCCCUGAUGAUGUGUACAGAAUAAUGCUUGGUUGUUGGAGGAAGCAGCCGCAGGACCGCCUUACAAUGACUGAGAUCAGAAAAAUGUUACAGUGCAUUUCUGAGACGUUCCCGGAAUAUCUGGAGCUCAUUGAUUAGAUUCCGACGCGUUAAGAGAUAAUAUAUAAGACACGAUUUUCAACAAAAUAAAAAAAGUUGAUCAUUUUUUAUCUUAACACCCCAGUCACAUUUGUCGCACGGCGGCCGCAAGUCGACCGCAGAACAAUUAAAUCGGUGAAUUUCUGCGGCGAGCGUAGAAAAACUACGCUCGCCUUGCGGCCUCCGUACGGCGAAUGCAGAUUUUUACAGGCCGCAGGGAAGGCGUAGAAAUUAUAACUCGGAGUUAUAAUAUUUGUUCAUUUCUGAGGUCCCCGUAGAAAUCAACUGGCUCAACAAGAUUGAAUCAUUAUUUAUCAAUGUUUCACGAUCACUUUUCAUU